GCAGCAAAACAUGGCAACCAUGCCGACGGUCAGGGUAGGCUCAUGUACAUGCCUGUCUGUGCUGCCUAUCAGUGUCAGUCAGUGCCGCCUAUCAGUGCCACCUAUCAGUGUCAGUCAGUGCCACCUAUCAGUGCCAGUCAGUGCCGCCUAUCAGUGCCAGUCAGUGCUGCCUAUCAGUGCUGCCUAUCAGUCCCAUAUAUCAGUGCCACGUAUCAGUGCUGCUGCCUUUCAGUACCCAUCACUGAUGCCUGUCAAUGCCCAUCAGUGCCACCUACCAGUGCCUCCUCAUCAGUGCCCAUCAGGUGCCACCUAUCAGUGUGAGUCAGUGCAGCCCUAUUCG